AUGCGGCCAGGGAAGAAUAAAGAUGGUUACUUCACCGGCGUUGAAGUGGAAGACCAGGCAACGGCAGCCUGCUCUAUUGUCGUCAACAACUGGCCAGACUUUGAGCAUAUCUUCGUCUACGACAACGCUUCAACGCACCAUAAACGAAGCGAGGCUGCUUUGACUGCUCGCGGGAUGCCCCAGAAGAUCUCAGGCUUUGUUUCCGAGGCUACCAAAAAACGCAAGGCUGAUAUGGCUGCAAAGCAGGCCACAGCAGCAGAGGACCUGAAUGAAAUGGAGGUGGAUGAGCCUGGGCUGCCUGCACCAGCACCAGAAGUGGGAGAGAAGAAGAAACGGAAGCCGCGGAAGCCGCCAGAGGAAAGCAACUUCCUGGUGAAGGUCAAUGCUCGCAACCUGGAUGGUUCUGUUCGUUUUGACGAACAUGGGAACCCAGUCAAAGUCGAGGAGCGCAUGACAGGAGCGCGGUUCAAGGAUGGCACCGUCCAGGACUUAUACCUGCCUGACUCACACCCCGAGUAUGCAGGCAAGUUUAAGGGGAUGGCGAUGAUUCUGGAGGAAAGACGGGAGCGUGGAGACCUCCGCGACAUCGCUCCAUCAAUCACAAAAGAGUCACUUUCCAAACUCCGUGCCGAAUGCAAGAGUGCUGAUGGCAAGGCUUUCAAAUGCUCUGACCCCAAAUCCCACACCUGCUGCAUGCGGCGGAUGCUCUUUAACCAGCCUGACUUCGCAGAAGUCAAGUCAUGCCUUGAAUCAACCUGCUUGUCCUUUGGAGUCACCGUCCUCUUCCUCCCCCGUUUCCAUCCUGAACUAAAUCCCAUCGAGAUGUGCUGGGGCUAUGCCAAGCGCGUGUAUCGUCUCAAGCCGGAGUCAGGUCGGGAAGAUGACCUGGAGAAGAAUGCGCUUGAGGCGCUGGAUUCCGUGCCGUUGCAUUCAAUUCGGAAAUUCGUGCAGAGAUGCGGGCGCUUUGCAGAUGCUUAUUGCAAGGGUCUUGAUGGUGCACAGGCCGCGUGGGCGUGCCGCAAGUACAAGGGGCACCGGGGUUUGCCUCCAGAAUACUUGGCGGACCUGAAGGCCGCCGGCAUCCGGGCAGGUGGAAAUCCCGAGGCUUAG